GCUUGCCCAGAAAGUCGCAGAGGAAGCUAAGCUAUAGAAGAAGGUAAGAAGUGAGAAAGGAAGGUAAGCAAAAAAAAAAAAAUGGAGUCAGCGAAGAAGAUAGCUCAUGAGAUCGGUGGUGUGAAGAGAGACGCUCUUCGUUUUGGUCUCAACGGCGUUAAGAGCGACAUCGUCGGAUCUCACCCACUCGAAUCCUCUUACGAAUCUGGAAAGAGAUCGGACGAUGCGAUGAAGAGGACGAUCAUUGGGCAUACCUACGGGACUGCACUUCCACUGAAGAUGGAUAUGGACACGCAAAUCCUCUCACGGUUUCAGAGACCUUCUGGGCCAAUUCCUUCGUCAAUGCUCGGUUUAGAAGUCUACACAGGAGCCAUUGAUAACUUUGGUUUUGAGGAUUACUUGAAUGAUCCGCGUGACUCGGAGACAUUCAAGCCUGUAGACUUGCACCACGGGAUGGAAGUUCGUCUUGGUAUGUCAAAGGGCCCUGUUGCCCCAAGUUUCAUGUAGGGGAUGGGGGGUUUUUAUUCCAUGUUAUAUGUCUUUUAGCUUUUGGAUGAUGAAUCAAUUUGAGGUCAUUCUAUGAACUCAUUUCGACUAAUCAAUAUGGCCCAAUCAAUUCAAGUA